AUGGCCCAGAGCGGAGACAGGGCGGAGUUCAGCUAUGGCGAUCCCUUCACGCCCGCCAGGUCUCGCAAGAAACGGAAGAAUCGCCAGGCCCCCGCCCCCCCCGCCGUCCUCCUCGAGAGGACCGCGGAGGAACUGGCGGAGACCGAUUGGCUGCGAGACACCCUCGACGCGAUACGCGACGCCCUCCAACAGGCAUUUCCACCGCCAGUCCCCGCUGGGCCCGUAUCUCCUCCCGUCCUCUGCCUCGGGCUCGGGUCUCCCGCCGCGUCGCGUGAUGCCCGCGCCCAGCUCGCGCUCCUCCUCGCUGCCUCCGACGACCUCUCCAUAGCGCCCGUGUCCGUGUCCGUCUACGAUCCCGUCUUCACCGACGAGGACCACCAGCUUCUGGCGGAGCGCCGCCUGACCCCCCUCCCCGAGUCUGAGGACAUCGAGGCGCGAUACAGGCUGCGAUCCCCCACGAUCGCGUACAUGCCCCACUGCGACCUGCACCUGUACGAGAACCUGCUCCGUGAAAACUGGUCGCCGGAGCGGCUCCCAAACGUCCUCCUUAUCGCGAACCGCCUGGGGGACUAUGCCGAAAAGUGCGUUCGCACGCGCCCGCCCAAUAUCGCCCGCCGCUCACUUACGCUCCUCGCUCCCCCUCGCUCCCCGCCCCCCGCUCGGCCCUCCCCGUCGCGCGCCCCGUGCACCCGUCGCCACCACGCGGGCCGCGGACCCUCCCCCGCGCCCACGCGCCCUGCGUCGUGCGCGCUCGCGAACAAACCUGCCCUCUCCUCGCGGCGCUCGCCUUCGGCCGUCGCGGACCCGACGACCUCGCACCACGCCCGCCCGCCAGUGCCCCUCCUGACGACGCGCCCGUUGGCGCCCUGCGCCGCGUUCCCCACCGCGUUCAACAACCUCGCGCUCCAGCACGCGCCGAGGCUGGCGCUCGACGCGCAGGCGCCCGAUUGGUGGGCCCUCCCCGCACGACCAGCGGGGCACCCGAGGGACGCCACGCCACGCCGGUCGCGGAACGCGCGGGAGGGCGAUCGGUGA